UGAGUUCUACUCCUUUGUUGACUUAUAUUUAAGAGGAAGAGAUCAGAGUAAUUUUACAUCUAUUUGGAUCGUCAGUUCUGAGUUAAAUAGGCAAUAGGUUAUUGUUUCGGUUUCACAGAGCUCGCAGGACUUGUCCAAAGUGAUACAGUUACUCAGUGAUUGGAAUAGGGACUGGAAUUCACCUCUGGCCCUUUCUCGUGUGAGUUUCCUUCCACCACAUCACACUGAAAAACCUGGAGCUCACUGCUGUGGAAGAAUCUGACGUCCACGUGAGGAUGCUGGCAGCCCCUGUCAAUCCAUCUGACAUAAAUAUGAUCCAAGGGAACUAUGGCCUCCUUCCCAAGCUGCCUGCUGUUGGAGGGAAUGAAGGCGUCGGACAGGUGGUGGCAGUGGGCAGCAGUGUGUCUCGACUGAAGCCGGGAGAUUGGGUGAUCCCAGCAAGUGCUGGUUUAGGAACCUGGCGGACUGAGGCCGUGUUCAGUGAGGAAGUGCUGAUCGGAAUCCCUAAGGAUAUCCCUCUCCAGAGCGCUGCUACCCUAGGUGUCAACCCUUGCACAGCCUACAGGAUGUUGGUGGACUUUGAACAGCUGCAGCCAGGGGACUCGAUCAUCCAGAACGCAUCAAACAGUGGAGUAGGGCAAGCAGUCAUCCAGAUCGCCUCAGCCCUCCGCCUAAAGACCAUCAAUGUGGUCCGAGACAGACCUGACAUCCAGAAGCUAACUGACAGACUGAAGAAUCUGGGAGCUGACUAUGUCCUCACAGAGGAGGAGCUAAGGAUCCCCGAGACAAAAACCAUCUUCAAGGACGUGCCCCUGCCCCGACUGGCUCUCAAUUGUGUUGGUGGGAAGAGUUCCACAGAGCUGCUAAGACACCUUGCGCCUGGAGGAACCAUGGUGACCUAUGGGGGAAUGGCCAAGCAACCUGUAACAGCCUCUGUGAGCCUGCUCAUUUUUAAGGACCUCAGACUUCGGGGCUUCUGGUUGUCCCAGUGGAAGAAGAACCACAGUUCAGAUGAGUUCAGGGAGCUGAUUCUCACCCUCUGUGACCUCAUUCGCCAAGGCCAGCUCACAGCCCCCGCCUGUUCCGAGGUUCCACUGCAGGACUACCAGCAGGCCUUGGAAGCCUCUAUGAAGCCCUUUGUGUCUUCAAAGCAGAUUCUCACCAUGUGAUUGUCCCAGAGGACCAGGAGGAAAGCAAGAGUGGACACCAGAGGAUGAGAAGCUGGCCUUCCCGAGGACAGGAUGAAGACUAGAGGUCAUCCCUGUGGAGGACUACUGUGCACCUGCUGCCUCAUAGCACCAGGAAGCCCCUGCCCUGCCUGACCACUCUGAACGCAGAGGCUGGGGGAUUGCUGCCAAGUCAGACGUCACACCCUAAGCAGUGUGUGCCCUAGGGUCUGGCAGAAGGGGAAAGGUGCUUAACUUCUCCCAGAGUGUGUGUCUGUCCAGGGCAAGGGAAUCUGCUGCCAAGGUGAGUGCCAGGCUGAGGUCAUUAAAGCUUAAGAGACCGAGAACACAGGAUCUCAGGUGUCUGAGCCACCUUGAGGGAACUUCCUUUGUAACUGAGGGAAUAAACAUUAUACCUGUGGCUCUCAGCCAGGGGCCAUUUUUAAACCCAGAGGAACACUUGGUUAUUGCAGCUUGGGGAGGGAGUUGUUAUUGCUGCAACUGUGCAGAGAUCGGUACUGCUAAAUAUUUUACAGCAGGGCAAAGUAGUACACACCUAGAAUCCCAAGAAUCGGCAGGCUUAAGUCAGCUGGACUGCCACAUGUUGGAAGCCAGCUUGGGCUAUACACCAAAACUAUCUCAAACUUUUUCCUUACAAAGGGGACCAGGAGUAUAGCUCAGUGACAGAGUGCUUAUCUAGCAUGCAGCAGGCCUUGGGUUCCAUUCCAGUAACUGUCAGAAGAACAGAUACAGCGCCCAGGACCACCUCCCAGAGAAUGAUCCUGCCCAAAAGGUCCCUAGUGGUGCUAUUGAGAAACGCCAGCAUUAAACCCCCAGGCGGAGCCACUAUGACUGGUGCUAUGCAGAAGGCAUGCAGGGCUGCAGACACCUGGGCUUUGGGCAAGGCUUGCUCGAGGUGCAAGGUGACAAGCUGACUAUGAAAAAUAAGUUGUUUUAUACAAGCUAAAGGAGUCUGGCUUUCUCGUUUUUGCUUCAUGAUCAUUUUGCCCAAAGCAAAGCACAACAACUUGGAGUUGUCUCCUUUGUCAGCUGAUCCAUUCAUUGUACCUUCAUCUCAGAGUCUCAUUUGGGGAGCAUUUAUUGAAUGUUUAGUGUGGCCUAGUGUGAGGCCAUUACAGUAAAAAGGGCAAAGAUGUGAGAGGACAGAGGUUCAGCUCAGUCAAGGGAGGGAGGCUUCAUGAAGGCAGUAUUGUCUGCAGAAUUCUGAAGACCAAGUAGGAAAUGUGGACCAAGCAAAGCCAGCAGCUAGUUUUCUGGAGAGAAGUCCCGGGCCUUGGGAAAUCACAACCAGAAGCAUGAAGCUACUGCCUAAAGGGCUGCAACUUGAGCAGAGGUGGGAACGUGUGUGUGUGUGUGUGUGUGUGUGUGUGUAUCAGAUCACAGAGAUCCUUUAGGUUAGAACCUGCCUGAGAGCACGAGAUUUCAAGGCAGUGAUAAUGUGCACACAGGCUGGGAGGCUAUGACUGCGUGCCGGUGUGCACAGCCUGGGAGGCUAUAUCUGCAUGCUGGUGUGCACACAGGCUUCCAGCUUGCUCAGCUUGCCUCUGGGAGCAUCUGUGCUCUCUAGAGGAAAGGACUGCUUCAGCCCGAGACUGGGGCAGGUCAGCAGAUGCCUCCUGAAUAAAAUCGGCUGCCUUCUACACCUGGGCUCAGAAUCAGCUUCACCCUGUUCCUGUGCCCUUUUAUGUCCUCUGGGUUGCUGGGAUAGGUGUUUUGCACCAAAGGUCCCUGUGGACAAGUGAGAAAACCUAAGGGUACAGGAAGGCAGCCCAGAGACAGCAGGAAUAAAAGGUAGGGGAGUC